AAAAAAAAAAAAGAUUUGCAUCGGACAUUCGGACGACUGCGCUGAGGCGUUAAUUGCAUCGUGUCGUAUCUCUUCCGUUCGUGCUCAUUGAUGCGUUGAAUCUUCUUGCACCAUAACGUUAUCUGCUGUACAAAUGUUAAAACGUAUGAUUAGAUAAUGCCAAGAGAAAUUGCUCGGUCGCGGUUCAUCGACUCAACAAUAUUAUGUCGAAUAUUUGGAUCACUGACGGUCAACUUUCGGAUUGUCCGUUUCGAUAAAAAAAUCGACGUGAUCUUCUUUACAACAGAAAGUCUGGAUAAUCAAUCUGAGAAAAUAUGCAGUAGAACUGUUCAGAGAAACUUGUGUUAUUUCAAAACUAACGGAAAAAGAAGUUACAAGAACUAAAGUGCAGAUCGGGAAAACAAGCUGACCGAUAUUUUUUCUCCCGGACACGCGUGAGGGAUUCGGUCACGCGAGAAACGCGAAGGAGCAGCGUGUGAUGCGAUGAGACGGCGAUAGCGAAUUUUGAUUUGCCAAGUUCAAAGUCACCAUCGAUCAGCUGAAAAUGCAGUCUGCGGUGUGGUGGUUCACUGCGGCUGUCGCCGUGAUGACCUUGACAUCGGCUCUCGAAGGACCGAACAUUUGUACGCGGCAAGAAACGUAUAAAAUAACAGUGAAGGUAUCGGAACAAAAACCUUACACCGUGAGGGAGAAUACGUGGUGCUUCAGUUUUCCGCCGAGAUGUUCCAAGUACAAAGUUGUCUUCAGAACGGUCUACAAGGAACAGGAGCUGUCGAAGCAAAAGCCCGUGGAGGAGUGUUGCAAAGGGUACACGGAAACUACGAACGGCGAUCGCUGCAUUCCGGUCUGUUCCGAGGACUGCCGCCAUGGUACCUGUAUCGCGCCUGAUAUCUGCAAGUGCGAAUCGGGAUACGGCGGGCCAUUAUGCGAUUUCAGGUGCCCGCUGGGUAAAUGGGGCAGAGAUUGCGAGAUGGAUUGCAAGUGCCAGAACGGGGCCACGUGCGAUCCGUUCGACGGUAAAUGUAUGUGCACGAGGGGCUGGACCGGUGUGUAUUGCGAUCAAAAGUGUCCCUCCAACCGCUAUGGACAAGAGUGCGCCGAGGAGUGCCGUUGCAGAAACGGUGGAAGCUGCCACCACAUUUCUGGUGAAUGUCACUGCGCCUCCGGUUACACUGGACCACUAUGUGACGAUCCGUGCCCGGUGGGCAAGCACGGCGAGGAAUGCAAAUCGGAAUGCCGUUGUCAGAACGGUGGUAACUGCAACCCCACGACUGGCGAGUGCUACUGCACACCCGGAUGGAUAGGCUCGGUGUGCGCAAAUCGAUGUCCGGAGGGUUUCUGGGGCAAGAACUGUUCUCAAACCUGCGACUGCUACAACGGAGCUGGAUGCAACCACGUCACGGGCGAGUGUCAGUGCAAGUCAGGCUUUUACAGCGAAAAAUGUCUGAAAAUCUGUCCGGAGCAUACGUUUGGAUUAAACUGCAUAAAUAAUUGCACCUGUGAAAAUGACGCCAGCUGCGAUCCUGUUAACGGCAAGUGUAUAUGCAGUCCCGGCUGGACGGGCAAAACUUGCAGCGAGCGAGCUUGCAAGGACGAUUUGUACGGUCCUGGUUGUACAAAGGUUUGCGAAUGCGAGAACAACAAUUCAGAACUAUGUCAUCCUUGGACCGGAAAAUGCUCCUGCAAGAUGGGAUGGGACGGCGAGACCUGCGCCAGGCCGUGUCCCUUCUACACCUUCGGCAAGGGCUGUGAGAAUCGCUGCAACUGCAAGAACAACGCGCAGUGUUCGCCCAUCGACGGUAGCUGCAUCUGCGCGGCCGGGUACCGCGGAAAGGAUUGCGGCGAGCUGUGUCCCGAAAAUACUUUCGGAGAGGAAUGCGCGCAGAAAUGCGCCUGCAAGAACGGGGCCACUUGCUCGCCCGAAAACGGACGCUGCAACUGCACAGCUGGAUGGGUCGGCGUAUUGUGCGAUCGUCCGUGCGAUGACAAGUUCUACGGCAAGGAUUGCGAGGGCAAGUGCCACUGUUUUAACAAUGCAGCCUGCAAUCCGCAAAAUGGCACAUGCACUUGUGCGGCUGGUUUCACCGGCACACUGUGCCAGCAUCGUUGUACAAAGGGUUUCUUCGGGAACGGAUGCAAUCAGACGUGCGACUGCAUCGAGGAGAACACUGUGGACUGUGACUCCGCUGCCGGGUAUUGCAAGUGCAAGCCAGAAUGGCGAGGAGUUCGAUGCGAAACGAAAUGUCCGGAGGGUCUUUACGGCGAAAACUGUCACUCGCAUUGCGAAUGCAUGAACAAUAGUUCGUGUGAUCCCGUGACCGGAAGUUGCAUCUGUGCCAGGGGUUGGGAAGGCCCCAGUUGCUCGCAACCGUGCAAAGAAGGAUGGUACGGCCUGGGAUGCAAAGAGCAAUGUCCGGAAAGAAUGAUCGGAAACAUGACAUGCGAUCACGUUACCGGCGAGUACGUCUGCCGCCCGGGAUAUCUGGGUCUGACUUGCGAGCAUCCGUGUCCUCCUGAUCGUUACGGGCUAAAUUGCGCGAAUCAUUGUCACUGUAAAAAUGGGGGAGAGUGUCAUCACGUAACAGGUGUGUGUCAGUGUCGACCUGGUUGGCAAGGCGAGUACUGUCAAAUACCUUGCGCGGAAGGCACGUAUGGCGUAAAUUGCACGCAACAUUGCAAGUGCCAGAACGGUGGAAAGUGCAGGCCCAACGACGGUCAUUGUCGAUGCGCGCCGGGAUGGUCGGGAACUAGAUGUACCGAGAUUUGUCCUGAAGGAUAUUAUGGCGACCAUUGUAUGGAGCCUUGCGAAUGUAAAAACGACUUCUUCACGUGCCAUCCAGCUAAAGGUUGUAUUUGCAGGCACGGAUACACAGGCGAAAACUGCGACGAGCAAUUGUUCUCACGCAAUAUUCAGGAGAAGGACGAAGGCGGACACGGACACAUCGUAGCGGUGGUGUUUGCGGCCGUCGUUGUGAUCAGCAUAGCAUUAGUCGCAUGGUUUUAUCACCGUCGCAGAGUGGCCGAUCUCAAGUGUGAGAUAGCUCAAGUGCAAUACACCUCGGAGCCAAUUCCUACGCCAGACCGAAAUCAAUUCGACAAUCCUGUGUACGCGUAUCAAGGCUCUUCGAAGUUCGAUGACGGCACCACCACAUUGCUGAACAACUUCCAGUUCCGAAAUAACUUCCACAAAAAUAUAAACACCGAGAAGGCUAAACUCGGUCUGAACAGCUGUACCGAUGACGAGGAUGAAUGCAAAGGAGCAUACGGACUGCAAUACGACUUGAAGAACAGGGACGCCGACAUGGGAAAUCCGAAUUUGAAUGUGUAUCACAGCAUCGAUGAGAUGGACGGUAAAAAAAUUGAACACGUCUACGACGAGAUCAAACAAAACAAUGAGGCGGAAUACGAUGAAUUGAAUCAGCCACGACCAGUGAGCUGGAAUAUAAAACCACAAUCGAGUCGAACGGCUAAUGGCUACGUGCCCAAAUCGCACGACAAUCCAGGACCUAGCAAGGUAAUAGAUAAGGAUCCGGAACUAGGUGAAACCUAAGGAAGUCGUACAGCAUUCCUCGCAUUCAACUGCCCAAGCUUGAAAUAACAAUGAAUUUCACGAUCAGUCGGAAGAAUCGUCUCCACUGUUUAUAGUAGACUGUUUGCUUUUUUUAUGAUCUAGCAAGUCUGUGGUAUUUUACUUGCAUCGUCAUUUAAAAGGUUCUUCAUUUUUUAAAUAAGUCUAUGUUAUAAUUAUGUCUAAUUAUUAUCAAAAGUUAGUUUCGUAAAAAAUAUUUUUUAUAUAUAAAAAAGGAAAAAUUGGAUUUUGCGCGCUUCGGUUGGCAAAUACAGCAGUAUUACCAUCAUAUCAUGAUAAUCUAAAGAGAAAACAUUUUUGUUGUACAUAUAAACAUUUUCUUAGGUAUAGUUUUAAUUAAAUUAUUGUAUAUCCAUUUGAUAUACGUGCAUAUGUGUUGCCAGAAGGGGCAUAAGUAGCUUUAAGAAGCUGGCAAUGAUGAAUAGCAAUGAUGAAAGGUGAUAUGAAAUCAAAUCAUGAAUACGCGAGUGCGCGUAAUGAUUCUUUAUAUACAUUUUUUUACUCGUCGUAAUCUUUAAUGUUACAAUCAUUAUUAUAAAAGCAUUUGAAAGAAUUAUAAUAAUUGUUGAUUCCAAAAAUUACUAGUUUAAAAAU